ACGCGUAUUCAUCCGAAGCUGCCAUGACAGUAGGCUCCCUUCUCCAGGCAGUACCAUAAUGUUUCAGAAUUCUAUUAUCUCAUUGUUCAUUAUAUCUAAUUUUUCUUUAAAAGGAAAGCGAGAUUUAUGAAAAUAUGCAGAUGCAAGAACGCUUCGUAUCUUCAAUCGGAAGUGAAAAAUCGCCAUUGUGAAUCGAGACAGUCCAGGCUUUUGGACUGUAGAAUGAACUUCGCUUGGUUAUUUCGAGCUGAUUAUCCAGUUGAUUCGAUUCAAUGAAAGAGAAUGAUGCAGAGCAGAGCUAGGGAUUUCUGAAGCCUAACUUGAUCCCCAAAUUCUUCAUUUUGCCGCUUGUUAUUACUCGACCAGGGACCUAGAACAUUGAAAGAUGAAAGUAUAAAGAUCUAUAACAAAAUACGAGCAAAGUAUAGAGAUUAAAAGGUUGCCUUUGUUUUAAUGGCGGAUAUUGUAAUUUCUAUUGGGGCUAAAGUUGCUGAAGGUUUGGUGAAACCAACAAUUCGCCAAGCACAAUAUAUUUUUUGUGUUAAAAAUGUAGUUAAAAACCUUGGCAAUGAAAAGAAUGAGUUGGUAUCAGAAAGGGAUCGUAUCCUAAGUCUUGUGGAGCAAGCAAAGGAGAGAACUGAAAUAAUCGAAAAAUCUGUAGAGAAGUGGUUGAAUGAUGUGAAAAAUCUGCUGGUAGAAGUGGAGCGGCUGGAACAAGAAAUGAAAGAAAACCAUUGCUGUCAAGGACAAAUUCCUACUUGGAGAAGAUAUUGUCUAUGUAAGGAAAUGGUGAAGAAGAUAAAGAGAAUUGCAUGUUUAAAAAAUAAUGGCAAGUUUGAGCCAUUUUCUCACCUUGGUCCUCUUCCAAGCAUUGAAUACAUCUCUUCCCUAAAUUUUACUUAUUUUGAAUCUACAAAAGAAGCUUACAACCAGCUCAUGGAGGCAAUACAAGAUGACAACACUUACAUGAUAGGGUUGUAUGGGAUGGGAGGAUCUGGGAAAACAAAUCUUGCAAAAGAAGUUGGCAGAAAAGCUUUGCAGUUGAAUUUGUGUGAUCGGGUUAUUUUCGUUACUGUUUCUCAAACACCAAAUGUUAGAGGUAUUCAAGGAAAAAUUGCUGACAUGCUCUGCAUGACACUGAAAGAAGAAAUCGAAGAAGGAAGAGCACAAAGGCUAUGGCUGAGGCUAAAAGAAGAGAAACGAGUUCUUCUAAUUGUGGAUGAUGUAUGGGCAAAGCUCAAUUUGGAGAGUAUAGGAUUUCUCUUAGAUGACAACAGCAUUCUCAACUUCAAGGUCCUUCUUACAACACGUCUUCGACAAGUAUGCGCUUCAAUGGAGUGUCAAAGGGAGAUUAUACUAAAUCUCUUAUCUCAAGGGGAAGCUUGGAUCUUGUUCCAAAAGCAUGCAAGAAUUGGUAAUAGGUUCUCAUGCAAUCUCUUAAAAGUUGCACGGGAAGUUUCUAAUGAAUGCAAAGGGUUACCCAUUGCAAUUGAAGCUGUGGCAUGCUCCUUAAAAGGAAAAGGUGAUGAUGAGUGGAAGGUGGCAUUGGAGAGCUUAAGAGGUUCAGAACCUUUUGAUGAUCAUGAGGGAGAAGGAGUAGGAUGUGCCUACAAUUGCCUCAAACUAAGUUAUGAUUAUUUGAGAAACAAAGAAGCUGAGAUGCUCUUGUUAUUAUGUUCUUUGUUUCCUGAAGACCAUGAAAUUUUUAUAGAGGAUUUGAUUAAAUAUGGUGUGGGCCUAGGUUUAUGUGGAACCUUUAAUUCCUUUGACUUAGCAAGGAGCCGGAUCAGAGCAGGCAUAAACAAACUUGUAGAUUCUUUUUUGCUAUUGCAUUUAAUGCAAAGUGAACAUUAUGUGAAGAUGCAUGAUAUGGUUCGUGAUGUAGCUUUGUGGAUAGCUUCGAAAUCAGUGCAUCAAAAAAUUCUGGUGGAUCUCACAAAAGAUCUUAAUAGCUUGGCAGAGGAUGGAGCUAUGAAAGAUUCUUUUGCAGUAUCUUCAUGGUGCAAGGAAAUUGAUACAAUUUAUCAUCAUUUAGAUGCUCCAAAGCUCGAGAUUCUUUUGAUAAAUACAAUGCAACAGAAUUCUCUGAAUUUUAUGUUGCCAUCUUUUGAAGGAGUGAAGAGGCUCAAGGUUAUGGCCAUGAUCAAUUCAUUUUAUCAAACUCCCUUAUUAUUGCCUCAGUCAACCCAUUGCUUGACUAAUCUUCGGGCUUUGCGCUUGAGAGGAUGGGACUUAGGUGAUAUGUCAUUUAUAGUGAGCCUAACAAGGCUUGAGAUUCUUGACUUAUCAAAUUGUUACUUUAAGGAUUUGCCUAAAGGAAUGGAGAAACUCAGCAAAUUGAAGUUGCUGGAUUUGUCUCACUAUGAAAUUCCUGAAAAUUUAAAUUAUGAAGCAAUAGGAAGUUGUUUACAACUGGAAGAGUUAUAUGCAUUUGGAUAUACUCAGAGAUGUCAUUGUCAACGCAUGGAGGAUAUUGUUACUCUCCCAAGUCUGCAGAGGUUUGUGAUCUAUCUUGGGAAGUUUGAAACUCUUGAUAAUGAAGAAAGUGUCAGAGUUUUACAGCUGCUAGAUUUCAGUAUGUCCAACUUAGGUGCAUCUAAGCAAAAUCUUCUACAAAGGGCAGAAGUUGUUUGUUUAGAAAAUCUUCUUUGA